AUGAAUCCUGAAUACUCUUCGGACUAUCCGGAAAACGAACUAGCAAACUCCAGCUACGACUGGAUUACCGCCUCUUCCACGCAGUCUUCAGCAUUCGACUUUCCUGCUGAUCCCUUCCCUCCGCGAGAAGAAUUGGUCACCAGCGACCGGCCGAAUACUAAGGUCGCGAUUCCACGAAUUGUCAACCCCAAUACCUGGACCAGCAGCACUCGACUUAUCGAGCUAACCGCCCAGGUGGAAACCUACAAAGCCCUCUUAAAAGACCUCUAUCCCAGGCUAGACGUGCCGUCGGCCCUCCAUGUUGACCAAACCCUUAAGGAGCUUUCAGAUUCCUCUAUACUCCGCGCCGCCCCUGAGGACACAGCGUUCGCCUUCAGGGCCAUCGACUACACCGACGAAGACUUUAAUCGCGAUGAGAAACUCCAGGCCAUGGGUUUUGUUGGCGAGCACUCGGAGAUGGCGUGGUUGUACCGAGUCAAACGCGACCUAGACCAAGCCAAGAAAACACCUGGUAACAAAUCCGAUCCCCCUUCUAUCUCGUCGGUAAACUACUUCCAAGACGACUGCAAAAUAUCGGUACUCGGCGACGUGGAUCUUUCGGCACGCCCUCCUCAACACGUCGCUAGUCACCUCGUCGACAGUUACUUUCGUUCGGUGCACCCUACCUUCCCGAUCAUUGGCAUGACGACAUUUAUCGGACAGUUCAACUCCCUCUACACGGACCCCAAAGUACGCCCUGGAAAACGAUGGCUGGCGGUAUUGAAUUUGAUAUUUGCUAUUACAGCGAGACAUUAUUUGUUAAUGGGCCUGCCGAUCCACUCGGAGGCGGAGAGCUACUUGGUAUAUUUUACGCGUGCAUGGCGACUCGGAAUUGACAACGUGGCGUUACUUUCACAUCCGAACUUGCAGCAAGUUCAGGUUGAAGGUUUGGCUGCUUUCUAUCUUCUCUCUGUCGGCCAAGUCAACCGGUCAUGGAUAAUUCUUGGUGUCGCGAUUCGAUCCGCCGUUACCAUGGGGCUCAACCUCCGCAACGAGAGUAGCACAAUUGGUCACCUUUCGAAGGAGAUAAGAUAUCGGGUGUGGUGGGCGCUUUUUAUGUUGGAUACCGUGCUAUGCGUUAUGACCGGCCGACCGCCCAGCACCAGCGAUACAUUUUGCUCUACACCCCUCCCAUUGCCGUAUACAGAGGAGGAGUUCAGCGAUGAGCGUAUCAUGCGACUUAUCUCUGAUCAACAAGCCCGGGAUGCCUUCAUGACUUCCCUCCUCUCUACCGAGCCCGCGGUUACGACCGAUGAUCGCAUCUAUUCCAGACAACCCGAGAGCAAAGGAAAGCAGGUCGAGCAAAUUCCUCAGACACUUACCCCCAACGUUUCGCUAUACUUUUUAUACACCAUCGAUUUGGCGUUUCUCACCCGCAAGGCAGUGGACACGCUAUACGCGCCUCGAGCGCCGCGACGAUCAUGGCGAGAAAUAGAGUUUCAAAUAUUUACCCUGAACAGUAAUGCAGACAGAUGGCUCUCUCGCCUUCCAGUAGAGUUCCAUUUCGUCGAACUCGAUGCGUCACAGUCUUUCGCUCAGGAGCGUGCCAGCCUGGCCUUCCGGUUUUACACCACCAAAUUGAUCAUCUCCCAACAUUGCCUUCGCCGCCUUGCUAACCUAUCCGGUGUGGGGUCGCCUGGAGCCGUGUGCGAUAACAUGGCGGCUAUGUGUGUCCACGUAGCCGGGCAGAUUCUUGAUCUUCUCCCUGAUGAGGUAGACACAGCCUGGUUGUACAAAGUCUCACCUUGGUGGUGUAUCCUUCAUCAUAUCAUGCAAUCCAGCACGAUUCUUCUAAUUGCGCUAUCCACCCAACUCCACACCGACAUAGCAGAGGAGAUCAAUAUUGCAGAGAAGGUGAAGAAGGCCACCCGCUGGCUGAAUGAAAUGUCCGCCAAGGAUCCCUGCUCGCAGCGAGCGUUGCUAAUUUACAUGGAUCUGCUCUCGCGUCACGCGUCUAAGCUUGGAUUAGAAACUGACCUUGGGCUCUAG